AUGCUAGCAGCGAAAACAACGUCAGACGAAAACACAACACCAUUUCCGCCUGAUCCCAACUCAUCGCUAUCAACAAUCAACACUGUAGCGCGCGAGAUCCGCGAAGCAGGCGGCCAGGCCGGCACUGUAGCCGUGGACGUUCGAGACGCAGCACAGAUCCAGCAUGCCGUAGAAGAGACGAUCCGGGUUUUCGGCAAGCUAGAUGUGCUGAUCUACAACUCAGGUGCGAUCUGGUGGUCUUCCGUCGAAGAUACGCCGCUCAAGCGGUUCAAACUCAUGCAGCAGGUCAACCCGGAGGGUCUUUAUGCGACUGUUCAGGCUGUGUUGCCUGUCUUCGCAAAGAACGGGUGGAAGGGGAGGAUCAUAGUUGUCUCUCCGCCGAUUUAUUCGCGCUUCUUUAGGGGAAAGACGGCUUAUGCUAUGGGCAAGGUUGGCAUGAGUGUCUUGGUGAAAGGUCUCGCCAUGGACUUUGUGCGUCAAGGCCGGAAUGAAAUGGCGGUGACGAGCAUUUGGCCGGCAUCGGCAAUCUUCUCGGAUGCCAUUCUGGCUAUGCUUAGAGCUCCCCCUCAUGAAGUGAAUGGGCUGCUGGAUACGGACGAGGAUUUCCUUCGGGAGAAGUGCGGCGUCUCUGAUUUUUCCAAGUAUUCUGUUAUUCCAGGGUCCACGCCCCGCCGGAUCAUGCCGAGUCAGUUCCCGGUACUUGAGGUUGCAGAGCAGGAUGACGAGGGGCAGCGCAUGGAUAGCACGAAAUUGCGGGCUAAGAUCUAG